AUGAAUCUCUACUGUGUCCGGCGAACUCCAAUUAUUGAAAAUUUAAUUUUCACAGAGAUUGAAUUGUGUUCUCAAAUGAGUAAGUAUAUUAAUGUAUAAAAACGAAUGAAGAGUAUUUCAGGAGUGUUAGUCAUUCUCCUUCUAAGCUAGAGCGUAUUUUGCAGUCCCAAGAAGAUCAAUACAGACUUUUUGAAUUUACUUAGUUCUAAAACAAAUGUCUUAAGUUCUCAAGAUGCCAUUCAAUCAGUGCUAACUUUGCUUGAAGACUUGUAGGGUGCAAAUGUCGAAGCCCAAGAUAAAGCAGACCUCACCUUCUAACGUUUUGAAUCAGCCAUUUUACAGGACAUCAAUGAGUUCUCAGGAAUUGUUAAUGUGAAUUCAAAGAGUGCUGCUGCAGCCUAAUAGGACUUAGAAGCUGUCGAUCUUAAGAUCCAAUAAACAACUGAUUACUUGAAUUGGAAUAACAAGCGAUAUAAGGCAAAUGAAGUCAAGCUUGAAAAUUUGGCUGAAUAACGAUGCGAAGCCAAUGCUCUUUUCAUUGAUACACUUAGAGAAUACAAAAAUGCUCUAUCAGUUCUUGAUUGGGUCAGAAGUGAUGCUCAAAGCAAAUAAAGUACCUUUGUAGAGAAGAAUCACAUUGGAGAUUAUGCAGAGAAAUUGAGCAAGUAUGCCAACUUAUUCGAAGAGCAAGCUGUCUAAGACUUUGUUAAAUUAGGUGAAUAAGAAACCUCAUUUGCAUAAACAAGAUCCCAUGGUAAUGGAGAAUAAUUGGCUUCAUUAGUCGAGAAGGAUGUUGUUGGAAUCAUCCAAUAAUUAAUUGAAAAAUUGAGAGAAACAAUCAAAGGCUUAGAAGAAUAAGAAAUCUAAUCCGCCAAUGAUUUUGCUGAUUUCAAAACCAACUUGCUUGCUGAAUAAGAAUCUCUUAAAUAAGAAUACGAUGCCAAAGCUAAAUUCUUGAACUCACUCCAAAAUGAUAAGGAAUUAGCUUCAGAUAUUUUAACCAAGAAGAAGGAACUCCAAGAAUAAAGCAUGAGAAUCUUAAGUCUAACCUAAGAGGAAUAUAAUUACAAGAAGAAAUUGUACAAUUCUGAAAAAGAGAAGAGACACGAAGAGAACUAAUUAUUAGAGGAAUCUCUUUUAAUCUAUAGAGAGAAGAUCGCAACAGUCAAUGAGUAUUUGAAAAAGAGAGUUAAUGAAUAUGUAGGUGAAUCCCUUGUUGAGGAACAUGCAGUUAGUAAUCAAGCACCCGUUCAAAAUAGAAAAGGAAAAUAAUGA